GAUUGAAUUCUCAGGCCUCCGAGAAUUUCCCUUCCACCAACUCCAACGAUGGAAUAGAAAAGGCGAAAUAGAGCUUUUCCUCGUGAUUAUGAGGAGACUAAAUAUUGACGCCGUCAAAAAAUAAUCGGAUCCUACAUCCCCUUGAAUCUUUACCACCACCUAUGUAUCCUGAAAUUCAGCCCUACCAGAUCUCAACGCUCAAAGUCUCUGACAUUCACACUCUCUAUUACGAACUUAGUGGAAACAAAGACGGAGUACCUGUUGUCUUUCUUCAUGGUGGCCCAGGAGGCGGUUGUGACGAGAAGGACCGAUCCUUCUUCAACCCAAAUAAAUACAAGAUCAUUCUCUUCGACCAACGAGGGUCCGGGAAGUCAACGCCCACUGCGUGCUUAGAUGAGAACACCACUUGGGAUCUCGUGAAGGAUAUAGAAAAAUUGAGAGAAGAGCUCAAAAUCGAAAAGUGGCAUGUCUUUGGUGGAUCCUGGGGUUCGACGCUUUCUUUGGCCUAUGCUCAAUCGCAUCCGGACCGAGUCAAGAGCCUGAUUAUGAGAGGAAUUUUCACGCUGAGGAAAAGCGAGCUCAAUUUUUUCUACCAGGACGGUGCUUCUCACCUCUUCCCGGAGGCUUGGGAAGAUUACUUGGCCCCCAUACCUGAGGCGGAACGACACGACAUGGUAUUAGCUUAUCAUGCGCAGCUCAACUCAAUCGACGAUUCUACGAGAAUUAACGCUGCUAAAGCUUGGUCCAAAUGGGAAAUGGCUACAUCCAAGUUAUAUGUAGAUCCAUCUUACAUUAACCGAGCAGAGAGUGAUGAGUUCGCAAACGCUUUUGCCCGGAUCGAGAAUCAUUAUUUCAUCAACGACGGAUUCAUGAGAGAAGGUCAGCUCUUAGAGAAACAGGAGAUUGAUAAGAUCCGCAAUAUCCCCUGCAUCGUAGUGCAAGGUAGAUACGAUGUCGUUUGCCCGGCGACCACUGCGUAUUCUCUGAAGAAGGUCUGGCCAGAGUUGGAGCUUCACAUCGUUCCAGAUGCUGGGCAUUCUUCCCGGGAGGUUGGCAUUGCAAAGCUCUUGGUUGAUGCCACCAACAAGUUCGCAGACAUAUAGGCACGAAGGACGGACAGUGCUUCUUCAUUGCAAACUUACUUCGGAAUCCAACUACGUUACUGUUUUGUCUCAUGUGGGUAAAUUGUGCGUCUGUCUAUACAUGAAUUUUCGAACGUUUCUCCCCAACACCAACAAUCAACUACCCAAAUUUCCUCACCUGUCAGUAUGUAGUACGUAGUAGAAAUUGAAAGCAGUCAAAGCGAGUUAUAUGUAACAUUUGUCCCAAAAAACGGAAUUUUUGGAGAGGAUGAGCUCAUUAUGAUGAACAAGA